AUGAUCGUUACCGGAGCUUGUGGCUUCCCUUCAUCACUCUUCCUCGCCUCUUCGUCCUCCGUCACCUUCACCGUCACCGUCACUGUCACGUCCUUCAAAGUUCCCCCUCUCUCCUCUUUUAACCGCAACAUCAUUCCCUUUGUCCCUCUUACACACUCUUCCAAUUCCCUUUCCUUCUCUCUUAUCCGCCAUCGCAGCCGCUUUCUCCGCCGACUCUCCUCCCAUACGGUUCACCGGAACGAAACCCAAUUCUUUUCCCAGUCUUCUAAGUGUGCAUUCACGGCGAAUUCCGCUGCUCAGCGGAGCGGGACUUUCGUCGAACACGUUACAGGCAUUAAGGAAUCACCAGAGAGAACCAGCGAUUUCGGAGAUUUGGAGUCUGCGAGGAACGACGUGAGGAAUGUUUCGGCUCGUAGAGUGGAGACGGAUGUGGAAAUUAGAGAACUUGAAGACUUGCCUGAAGAGUGGCGGCGAUCGAAGCUCGCGUGGCUGUGUAAAGAGGUCCCGUCGCAUAAGGCCGUGACGCUAGUGAGGCUCUUGAAUGCUCAGAAGAAAUGGGUUCGUCAAGAAGACGCUACUUACAUCUCUGUUCACUGCAUGCGGGUUCGCGAGAACGAAACAGGAUUUAGGGUGUAUAGAUGGAUGACACAGCAGAAUUGGUACCGGUUUGAUUUCGGUUUAGCGACAAAGCUGGCUGAUUUCUUAGGCAAAGAACGGAAAUUCACGAAAUGCCGAGAGGUGUUCGAUGAUAUUCUGAAUCAAGGUCGUGUCCCAAGCGAAUCCACAUUUCAUAUUCUUGUGGUUGCUUAUCUAAGUAGUUCAGAGGAAGGCUGUCUCGAAGAAGCGUGCAGCGUUUACAACAGGAUGAUUCAGCUUGGAGGGUAUAAACCUCGUCUUAGUCUGCAUAAUUCUUUGUUUAGAGCUCUGGUUAGUAAACAAGGAGGGCCAUCGAAAGAUGAUCUUAAGCAAGCAGAGUUUAUAUUCCACAAUGUUGUGACGACAGGGCUUGAGGUACAGAAGGAUAUAUACACUGGAUUAAUCUGGAUUCAUAGUUGCCAAGACGAAGUUGACAAAGAAAGGAUAGAGUCUUUAAGAGAAGAGAUAAAGGAGGCGGGUUUUCGGGAGAGUAAAGAAGUCGUUGUCUCGUUACUGAGAGCAUAUGCAAAAGAAGGAAGCGUAGAAGAAUUCGAGAGGACAUGGCUUGAGUUACUUGAUUUAGAUUGUGGUAUACCUUCUCAGGCGUUUGUGUACAAGAUGGAAGCUUAUUCGAAAAUCGGCGAUUAUGAGAAAGCUCUGGAGAUAUUUAGGGAGAUGGAUAAGUAUCUAGGAGGUGGUGCAACAGUUUCAGGAUACCACAAGAUCGUUGAGGUUCUAUGUAAAGUAGGGCAAGUGGAAUCUGCGGAAUCUCUCUUGAAAGAGUUUGUAGAAAGCGGGAAGAAGCCGCUUCUACCUUCAUACAUCGAGAUGGUGAAAAUGUACUUUGGUUUGGGUUUACAUGAGAAGUUGGAGAUGGCUUUUGUUGAGUGCUUGGAGAAAUGCAAACCUAGCCAGACUCUAUACAACAUAUACUUAGAUUCAUUGGUUAAGACUGGGAAACUCGAGAAAGCAGGGGAAGUUUUCGACGAAAUGAAGAACAACGGGACAAUCAAUGUGAAUGCUAGUUCCUGCAACACACUUUUGAAAGGAUACUUAGAUUCUGAAAACCAUGUGGAGGCAAAGAAGAUGUAUGAUCUGAUGAUCUUGAAGAGAUACGAAAUCGAGCCGUUGCUUAUGGAGAAGCUUGACUACAUCUUGAGUUUGGUGAGAAAAGAAGUGAAGAAACCUUUGAGCAUGAAGCUAAGCAAAGAACAGCGGGAGAUACUGGUUGGUUUGCUGUUAGGUGGCCUGAGAAUCGAAACAGACAAAGAGAGUAAGAGCCACAAGAUCAAGUUUGAAUUCAGAGAGAGUUCUCAGGCUCAUCUGAUUCUAAGACAACACAUACAUGACCAGUUCCGUGAGUGGUUGCCUCCCUCCAGCAAUUCGUUUGAAUUCUCCUCCAUUUCUCAUUCAUAUUUUGGCUUCUACGCUGACCAUUUCUGGCCAAAUGGUCGACCGGAGAUUCCGAAACUGGUUCAUAGGUGGCUCUCACCACAUUCACUUGCUUACUGGUAUAUGUACAGCGGCUUCAAAACAUCGUCCGGAGACAUUAUCUUGAGAUUGAAAGGAAGUCUUGAAGGUGUUGAGAAAGUAGUGAAAGCUCUGAGAGCAAAAUCUAUUGAAUGUCGUGUGAAGAAGAAAGGAAAAGUUUUCUGGAUCGGACUUCAGGGGACAAACUCCGUUUGGUUCUGGAAACUAAUAGAGCCUCAUGUAUUAGAUGACUUGAAAGAUCAUCUGAAACCUGCUUCUGAAUCAAUGGACAAUAAUGGAGAAGAAGAACAAAGCAUCAACUUUGUCACAAGCUCAGAUCAUAGCAUUGAUAUGAUCAGAUGA